AUGUCUGGAAACCUCCUUGCGGUCAUGGACCUCCCUCAAAACUCCCGUGACGUCGUCGAAGUCCUGCGCACCGUUCAGGACAACCUCACUGGCUUCGUCGAAGCCGAGAGCUGGCAAACGUUCAACCUCACCUGCGACGAGUACACCAGCCUCUGCACCUACCUCCGCCGCAGCGACAACACCGACCUCUUCGACACCUGGAACAGCAUUCGCUCCGACUACAUCCUCCUCACCUCCCACCUCACGCUCCGCCUCCCCUCCGUCCCGCAAGUCCUCUUCACCGCCGCGCUCCAAGACCACAUCAGCACCGCGCUCUUCCACCUCGCCAUCGAAUCCCCCUCCAACUGGUUCCUCGGGCGCAUCACCUCCAUCAACGCCGAGCGCGACGAUAGCGCCGCCUCCAUCGUCUUCAACUCGCACCACCCCGACCUCACCUACCACUUCUCCACCACCCCCCGCGGCAACUCCGCCCGGCCCACCAACGCCCGCAGCACCCCGACGCAGCCGACCCUCAUCGUCGAGAUCUGCAACGACGUCAAGCACGCGGACCUGGAGGCGCGGCUGGCGGCCCGCUACAUGGCCGCCGGCAACAAGGCGACGCGCACCGUCGUCGCGCUCGACACGACGCGCGGAGUCUACAGCGUGUGGCGGUACCUGCGCUUCCUGCCGACGCGCGUCGACGGGAGGGAGUUUCGUCGCUGCUUUCUUACUGAGAAGGAGGUGCCGUGGCGCGGGGUCCGCGGCGAAGAGGGGAAGGGUUUGGAGUUGAAGUUGCGGGACUUUUUGCCGACGGAUAUGCCAGCGAUCCGGGGGGUGAAGGAGGAGGUGGUGGAUGGGUUGAUGCGCAGGUCGAUUGUGGUGGAUUGCGAGAAGUUGACGGGGUUGUGGGAGAAGGCGAACGAUCCGGAGACGGUCGACAUCUUUGGGGGUGGGGAUAUUGGAAGUAUGGAUAUGGAGAUUUCGGAGACGGAGGCUGAUGGGGAUGAUGAGGCUGAUGAGGAGGAUGAGGAGGAUGAGGCUGGAGAGGAGGAUGACGAGGACGAUGACUUGAGUAUGGAGGAGCUGAUGGACGACCUCUUCGAGGAGGUGGAGACGCGCACCCAGGGUGCCGUUGCGCAGGGUGGAGCUACGAGCUUCGACAACUGGGUGGGACAUGAGCCUGAAGAUGCGGAGGAGGAGCUCGAGGACUACGAUGACAGUGAGGAGAGCGAGGACGAGUGA